CAUUAGUUCGUCAUCGAAACCCAACGAAUCGACCAAAACCAGCGAAAAAAGUCCCGACACUUCCGUCGGCGUAAACAAGUUAAGACGAAAUAGGUCUCGCACUCGUUAUGACGUAAUUAUAACAAAGCUCGAUCUCCGGAUAGUUUCUCAAACAAACAUUAAGUGUAAAGUAUUUUUAAAUAUUCGAAUUCGAAAAAUAAGCGUGUAUGAGACGACGGAAAGCGUUUAGCCGAACUACAGCCAACUCUCGAAACCGCCAUCUUGAACCGAGUCGGUAGCUAAGACAAUGGAGCAAUUGAUGGAUCCCUCUGAGGGACAAUUGCUGAGUUUUUUUAUCAACGGACGAUGAAGUCGUAUGUCUAAACUGCAUCGAUAUUUAAGGAAUCUAUUUAUGGUGCGCGAAAGCGAUGCACGUUCAGUUUGAUAAGUCCGUUUAGGUUUUCCGCUUUUUUUUCGGAGUGCAGUCCUGUUGGCAACGGAGCGCGCGCUGUCGUUGCUAAGUGGUGUUUGGACGAGGCUUAGCCGAUCUCAUCCGAAUCCUUCCUAUCGAUGUGUGGAUUAAGCGAAGUGUUGGCCCGACUUUGAUCAUCUGAGUGAGAAUGGAGAGGCUCCAUAAGGAACCGGACACCUACAGGCGGGACUACAACGCAUUCGUCAACGAACUGAAACAGUUUCAUCACAAUAGGGGGACGCAAUUUCGACACGUUCCACGUAUAAAUGGUCGGGAGAUCGACUUGUUUUCGCUCUACAACCAAGUCACCGCCCAAGGCGGGUGGCAAAAGGUAAAUGAUAGUCAAAAAUGGGAUGUAAUCUUUGACAAUCUCAAACUACCUAAAGGAUGUGUAAAUGCAUCUUUGGCUCUUAGACAGUUAUAUAUCAGAUAUUUAGGAUUAUAUGAGAAGAUUCACUUUUUGGGUGAAGACCCUGAUGAUGAACAUGGACAGUCUCCAGAGGGACGAUCUCGUAAACAUCAUACUUCUUUAUUUCAAUUGGUGCCCAUGUCUUACAACUAUGCACAACAUGAAGUGUCAGAUGUUUCAAGAACAGCAUCUGGUUUAUGCCAGAAUAUUAUUCGCCCAACUGAUUAUGAUAAAAUUUGUUUGUCAUUAUUGAGUGGUUUACCAAAUGAACAAGAAUUUGCUCUUAACAUUUGUACUAUAUUAUCAAAUGAAGGAAAUCAUGUUUUGCAUUUGGAACAAUUACCACGUUUGGUUGACUUGUUAUUAGGCUUGGCAGGAAUCUGGAGAAAAGAUGAUCCAUCAUUGAAAACAGUAUUUUCAGAAUGUUGGAAAGAGAUUCAAGGAAGGGAUAUUGAAACAUUUUGGCAAAAUACUCUUGACACCAAAAAGUCUGAUGUUGUUGAACUCUUUGGACAUGGAAAAAAGAUGGUUAUCCAAGAUGAUUCUCAGUUGUUUCAUUUAGAAAAAGAAGAACUUGGAGCUCAUAAUAUAUUAGGACAAAGAAUAUUAAAGGUUGCUCUCAUUCUUCAUAAUUUGUCAUAUGAAAAACACAAUAUUCCUGUUCUUGCAUCAAACUCUAACUUUUUGAGGUAUGUAUUACAUAGUUAUAGUAAUGUGUUGGUAUGUAUAUAUUCUAUAGUAAUUUUUAUGUAUUCUGCUGCAUUAUGUUCUGUGAACAGUAGUUGUCAAAUAUCAAAUAAUCAGGUGAAAUUAUCAUUAGAAGAAGAUUUAUGUUCAAGAAUUAUUUUUAAAACUGUUGUAGAAGGAAUUAAAUCUCAAGAUAGAUUUAUAGUGAUUCGAUGCAUGGAAAUUCUUUCACAAUUAUGUCGUUUAGAAAGUAAUGAAGAGAUUAUUACAUCAAGGUUGGAUUCAGAGGUAUACCAACAAAUGGUAAAAUUGUUGACAAUUCCAGACAUUAUGUUGUUAAUAUAUGUUUUAGAAGCUCUCUAUGCUCUGUCUGAAUUUGGGACUCACACUUGUGAAAAAAUAGUACGAACUUAUCAUUCUAUAGGAGCACUUGUCAGUCUUUUGACUCUUGAACCUGGAAGUUAUGGUCAAGCUGCACAAGCUGGUAUGAAACUUGUAGAAACAUUUGAACCAGUACCAGUGACAGAAACUUUGCCUCCAACUACAAGCAAAACAUACUCAGCUAAUUCCAGUUCUCAAAGCUCUGGAGAUGUAGAUUCAGAAACAUUUGCAUGCAAUUGGUUAAGGGCAACCUAUGAAUUGUGUCAUGGGUAUUCUAUUUCAAGAAAUGAUAUUUAUGCUGAUUAUGUAACACAUUGUAGUAAAGCGGGGAGAAAAGCUGUUAUUAAUGCAAAUUCUUUUGCAAACUGUGUUAGGACUGUUUUUCCACAUUGUGGGUUAAAACGAACAGAAUCUUCAACUGGAAUAAUUACAUUUCAUCACGAUGGACUGAGACGCCGCAUUAAUCAUUCAAAUUUUCAAUCUAAGGGAAUUUCUUCAGAUUCAUCUAAAUCUCCACUCAAAACUUCAUUUGGUAGUAAUUUGGGUCCACCAUCUCGUUCACUUUCUGUAUCACCAAAUCCUACACACAGUCCUAUAUUAAAAGCACAAUUAUCAGCACCGCCACGUCCAUUGCCUUCUGUUUCUCAAGUGCAUCCACAACUCCAACAAGCUUUAGCUAGACAGCCAUCUGUUUCUCCAUCACCUCCACCUUCACCUCGCCAUCCUUCACCAAGUACAACACCUACGCCUUCCCAGUCAAAUUCUGCUGGUUCAAGUACAUUAAUAAAGAGUUUAUUAGCCAGCAAAGUAACAAGAAAUCUUCAGAGACAACAGCUCUUGCAGCAACAGUCAACACCUGUUAAUCAACCAAAACCUUCAUCACCAACAAAUACUGUUUUGUCUUCAAUGGGAAUUCCUAUAAUAUCCACUCAACAUGGAAAGUUACCACCAAAAAGUCCUCAAAGGGGGAUAGUAACUUUGAAUAAAGAACAAACUGUGUCUUCCCCUUCUUUUUCUUCAAAACAAAAUUCAUCUCCUAAUAUUGGAAAAAAUCUGCCUAAAAUCCAGAAAUCCCCUUUUAGAACAGGAACAAUAAUAUCAACUUCUCGGCUAAAUGGAUUACAGAGAGAAAUACAACUAGAAGUUUGCUCUAUAGCUGAUGAUGCUAAGGGAGCAAGUGACAAUCUGCAAGACACUCAAGGGAAUCAGGUACAAAAUCAUGUAUUAGAUAAAAACAUAUCCACUACAACAGAAAGUGGUAUUAGAACAGGAUGUCUUCAGGAAACUGAUACAAAUAUUGAAGAAGAAAAGAUUGAAACAUUGCAAGGUGCCAAGUGUAUGGAUGUUAAAGAAAGUACAACCUCAUGUUCAACAAGUUUGCCAGCUCCUCUUGUAUCUGUUACUUCUCCUAAACAAAAUAACCCAAAUAAUCUCAAUAACCAGUCAUUUUUAAAAUCAAAAUCACAAACAUCAGGAAUAAAUUCAACAUUUUUACAAAAUUCAAAAAGUCAAAAUGGUUCUGGUGUUUUUGCUGAAAGUAGUGCAUCCCAAAAGUUAUCAACAUCACAUUUAUUAAAGUCUGUUCUCAGUAACAUGUGUGAAAUUACAGAAGAUGAAGAGUUGUCUAAAAAACGUCAGCUUGACAAAGUAUAUAAAAGUUCUCCCCUUCUUAAUGGAUUAUUGGAUAAAGGGAAAAUUGCUCUAGUGGUGGAAAAAGAACAAACACCUAAUGUUCAGAAUGGUAACACAAGUACUUCUAAACAAGAUGAUGGAGUGAAGGAACCAAAACUGUUUGAGAGUGAUUCCAAUAGUUCCUCUAAUUACAGUAUAGAAGUAAGGAAUACCAUUGGUAUAAAUCAUACAAAUGGUGAAGGCAUCUCUGUUGAUAAAGGAAAUGUGCAAUCUACAGAACAAGGUACAACAGAAAGUCCAGAAAAUUCCAAUUUAGUGUCGGAUUUGUCAUCUAUUUCAGAUAUUGCACGAACAUUAGAAAGUGCAUCAAAAGCAAUUUCGCAAACUAAUAUAGAAUGUCAUGCUAAUGUACCCUUUCCGUCUACAUCUGUUACAACACCUAGCACAACUCAAACUAUUAGGACGAGUCCACAAAUUACAGUUGUGCAACCAAAUUCACAAGUGAGGUUACCAUCUACAACUUCAAAUAUCACUCUUCGUUUUCUCUAUACAAUACCACGAAGAGAUGAUAGUAAUGAACUAAUUGGUUUUCCUCGUGUGUCUCUAAAUCAAUUAAAUCAAUUACGUCAACAAACCGAAUCUAAUUCCACUGCAAUGAAAAGGCCGUCCAGUGAUUCUACAUCUAAUGCAGUAGAGGCAAAGAGAAUAAGACCAGAAAAUAAGAUGGCUGUUCUAGAAACAAAUGUACAUUGUCCUCUCUCUGCAAUUCCUCCUGUUAUUAUAACAACAACUAAGUCACCAAAUAAUGUGAAUCAGGAUACAAAAUCAUUCCAAACUACUUCAAAACAACAAAAAAUUGAACAAAGUCGUCCACCAUCUGUUAAUAGUACAGAUAGUGAAUCAAGUAAAGAAUCUCAAAUUUUAACACAAGCAUCUACAAGUACAGAUAGUUCAUCCAGUACAAAUACAUCAUCCAUACCCUUAAAAGUGCCAUCUAAGCUUGAAUAUAUUUGUGAGUGGAAGGGAUGUAAUCGAUCAUUUACAACACCAACAAGUGUAUUUUUUCAUGCUAGUAAAACCCACCUCCCAGUUGGAAAUGAAGAAUCAGAAUGUAAAUGGGAAAAUUGUGACAGCAUGAAACGCAAAAGAUUAUCUCUUCUUACUCAUUUACAGGAUUGGCAUUGCAGUGAUCAAGUCUUACAAGUCCAAGCAUUGCGAAGACAGCAAAUAGCACAACAUGGAAAAUCUGCAUUAGCUCCACCACAACCUCCUCCACCUCAUCCAGGUUAUGCUCCAGAUGCAGCUCUGUUAGCAAUUCGUAGACAUGCAUUGCAACUUGUCAGCACUCCUGAAAUAAAGUUGGAAGAGAAAGAAGAUUCAUUAACAAAAAGUAUCAGAUUGACAAGUGCCCUCAUUUUGAGAAAUUUAGUUGAAAGUUGUGCACUUGCCAGAAGUUAUCUAAAGCGAUAUGAAUCUGACCUUAUGGUUUUAGCAACGGCAUCCUUAGAAUCAUCAAGGACUAUAGCACAUUGCUUGUCAGAAUUGGCAAGGCCUCAUGAAUGAAGUGUGUCAUUACAAGAUGAAGCAUUUUAUUUGUGCCGUCAGUGAGAACAUUGUUCUAAUUGAUGUCUCAAUCUAAAAUUUUAGAGGUGCCCAUCAUAAACCAUUUAUCUUUGUGUGGUUUUGGGAAAGAAGAAUAAAUUCCAUCUGUUCAACACCUCUAAAAGGAUAGCAUAUCGCUUUGAUCCUGCCAGUUUGCACAUGUAUGCCUCCAUACAUCAUUGGGGCAUAUCUGGCAAUUGUUAAAAGUGUGAUUUACAAAACUUUUCAAUGAUGUAUGUAAGAUGUUCAAAGUUACUGUUAAUGUAUUGGUGUGACAUUUUCGAAGUCUCAUUGCACAGAGAGAGCGAUGUCAUCAAAAGAGUUUUAUAUGCAGUCAGUAGUUUGUUUAAUGUAACUUUACAGAACAAAAGGAAUACGGAUUUACUUCAGUUGGAAUCAAAACAUCUCGGAAUUUAUGGACCAAAGUCAUCGUCAGUAUCCUGAAAAACUGAAUGCUGUGAGUUAUCAAAGACUAAAAAUAUGGGAGACAAAACAAAGCAGAAAAUGCAAGCUUAUAUAGUGUGGUUGUGUUUUGAUUAUCUUCAAAAUUUUAGUCCUGUGCCGUUUGUCAAAACUCUUGUGACAAAGUCAACAUUUGUGUGCAUCUCCCAUCAACCUGAGUUACUGUUAGUUUCUGUCAACUGUUAGUGGGUCAUCUGUCACCAAUGGAUGUGGAUAGUAAAAACUUCAGGAGAAAAAGCUGAAAAUUUUCAACUAAUUUACAUGUCCAACAUUCAGCAUUCCAUAAAGUUUUUCUUAGUAUCAUUAUUUCAUCCUGACAAUAUCACGUAUGCUGUUUUAUGUGGUUGCAUAUAAUUUAUUGUCAUUCAUAUUUGUUUGACAAAGAAAACAUCUCAGUGAAGCUUUUUGUAUCUUUGUACUUCCAAACAAUUCAUCUUCCCGCUCUUUCCCCUCGUCAUGGUAAUUGCCGCGACGGUUGUGUGUGCGUGUAAUUAUUUAAACACCACCACUGUUCGGAAAUGUGGUAAAACAUUUUACUGUCUACAUUUUUUAUGAAGCUGUUUCACAGCAAUGUACUGUUUAAAAAUUACCGUGUAUGUAAGAAAAUAAAACAACCACAUAAUGAUGCAUAUUUCUAUAAACACCCAUUGCUUUUAAAGGCUAUAAAGAUAACAGUUCAAAAUGAGGAAAAAUUAUAUAUAUACAUAUUAUAUAUAUAUGAAAACAGAUACACGACACUGCCUAAAAGAUGUAUUGCACAGAUUACAGUGAAUUAUUUCAAAUUAUGUAUGUUCUCAGAAGUCUCAUUUAAGUACUUGAUAAAAAAAAAUUAAUUAUUUAAAAUUUAUUAAAGUGUUUUGAUUCGGGUUUCGCGUGCACAAGAAAUCAUGCCUCCCACAAUAUGUUUGCAGUAUGUAUGUAUCAGUCUGAUACAUUCAUAAUUAUAAGUCUGCUCAGUUGCCAAACAUUACUGAGUUAUAAAAAUGAAAACUGUAGAAAGAAAAAAGGGAAAAGUUUC